UAAAUAUAUUUAUGCGCACACACGCAUAUUGUUCAUCAUCUUUCGCUUAUCCAAAUCAACCUCCAUCUAUAUAUUUAUAUACAGCACCAGAAGCAGCUUACUCACCCUCAAAGAUCAUCGAUCCAUGGCUUCCAGCACUGAUCCUAAGUCCGACCAGGAAUACGGCAAGGGAGCCCCGCCGCCGCCGCAACCGAGACCAGAUGCUCCAGCCGUCGUGAACUAUUUUGCGGUUGAUGUGGCCCUCAGGGUGUUGCUAUUUGCCGCGGCGGUGACUGGUGUCGUGGUUAUAGUCACCAGCGACCAAACGAAGUGGGUUCCUAGCAUAAAUGGCGGCAUAAAUGGCUUUGGAUAUCGCAAAGCCAAGUUCAAUCACUCCCCUGCUUUUAUAUACUACGUGGUGGCAAUGUCGAUCGCUGGCCUAUAUGCUCUCAUUACAAUAUUGGCAUCAAUCUCAGUUCUCUUCAAACCUAGCUUCCAAACUAAACUCCUCCUCCAUUUGGCAUUCUUGGAUGUGUUGAUAUUGGGCAUAGUAGCUUCAGCUACUGGGAGUGCCGGUGGGGUUGCAUACGUGGGGUUGAAAGGCAACAAGCACGUCGGUUGGAUUAAGGUGUGCUCCACUUACGACAAGUUUUGCCAACAUUUGGCAGGCUCCCUUGCUGUCUCCUUGUUUGCCUGCGUCCUCCUUGUCUUUCUCACCUGGCUCUCCAUCUUCUCCCUUCAUGCUCGGAUCCACAAGUACUAGUGCAUGCCUGUGAUUCAAUUCAGAAAGAAUGUAUAGAAUCUCAACGUUUGCUGUUUGUCCAUAUUUAGGGGCUUCUACAUUUUAAAUGUUGUCCAGUACUUACUUUCUGCUGCAUAUUUUGUCUUCUCUGUAACUAGUUUUUAAUUAUAUGUGGUUGCUUCUGUGAUUUGAUUGAGGUUUGAAAUAUGACGAUGAUCAUACUUUACGUGCUCC